GCAAGUGACGAUAUACUUUAAAAUUAGGUGGAAACAAUGGCAUUCAAAUUUGCCAUAUACUACCUAUUUGAUAAGACACUUAAAGUGGAAAGCACGUCGCUCAUCCAUGAAAGCUACCAGUUCACCCAAGUGUCAUCCCAGCCUGACCUUGAGGACGACGCGAACUGGAUCGAAAUAAAAUGGCCCACGAGAAAAGAACCAAAGAGGACUGUGGCUGCUAAGAUCCUGUUAUUUGGAGAUUCUUACAAAGAACUGGUGUCAAAGAAGAAUUUCUUCAUGCUCGGUAAGGACAUAUGGGCCGAGCAGGAAAGCAGAGCUGUGCGCAUGAAGAAGAAGCAGUGUGAGGCCAACGUUGUGAAACAUAAAACGGUCGUGCAGGAAAAACAAACCAGGAUCAAAGAUGCAGCCAGGGACCAGGUGUUACAAAACCUAAAGACUUCCCUGUCUCAGAAGAGGGCCUUAGACACACAAGAUGACCCCUGCAGUUCUCAGGAUGAGGUUCCACAUGUUCAUGGAGGAAAGCGAGCAAAGAUAAACAAGCCAGCAAGACGUGUGCUUUUACCCCUGGCAUCCAGUCCUAGUUCUGAUGACGCCACAUACAUAGGGAGUCUAAACCAGCAUGACACUGAUCAUGCUUCAGAUGAAGAUUUGGGUUUCUCCUCAGCCCAGAGAAUGAACCUGACAGAUGAUAAUACUGAUCAUGGCAUGGCACCUGGAAUGAAUGAAAUCAUGUCAGCCCUUCACAACCUGCCAGAAAUGGUUAAAUUAAUGAGGGAGUGUGUGGAAUCUGUCAAGGCACUGAGGUCCUCGUUUGGGGGGACCCCUUCAUCUGCAAUGUCAUCCACUAGCGGGGACAGUGAAAUUGAAAUGCACCCUUUGGCAGGCAGCACAGUUACUGUUCCAAAGAGGGCAUUCCUGCGGCUGAAUAGAUCUCGUAUGACCAUUUUCGCCCAGGAGCUGGCUGUCCUGGUGUUCACAAAGGAGGGCCUUGCACAGUCCACUAUAACUGGAAAGUCUGGAAGGGGGUUGCCACCAAAAACACAGCUGGAUGUUGUCAAAGUGCAGGCUAUUACAGAUGCAGUUCUUCUGGAGUUUCCACAAACACGCAUCUCUGAUGUACGCGCAGCCAUCAGACGAAAGUGUAACAAUGAGGGGUUCAGCCAAAAAAAAGGAACAUAAUGUGUGUUUCUGUAUGUUGGGAGGGUUGCAGUUAUAAGGACUGUUGUUUUCAUUGUUCCGUACUAAGUAAUGUUAAGGUCAGCUGCCUGAAACUGACCUAUUUCUACAAAGUGCACUAAAGUUCCAAUAUUGGAAAAUAUGUUGUAAGUUAUUGAAAAUGAUUACAAUCCAAAUGUAAAUGUUAAUAAAUCGAGAGAUCAGAGACAUUUGUAAAGUGCUGUAAUUUGAAUGUGGUUCAAAUAUACAUUAAAGUGUAUUUUUUCUCCUGCA